GCUAGACAUUAGUACAGUCUACUUAUGUACUCCUCACAGCCUCUGUCUGGCCCGUUUAUUACCUUUACCAAACCUUUUCCACAGUUUGGCUUUCGUUGAUAUGCCAAGGUCAGCAACACCGGAGCAACGACAACAGCCAUUGACGAAGACGCUGUUUAGGUGUGGCCGAUUUGAGCUGCGGGUGGCGAAGAUUAGACGAUGAAGAGAUGGACAGUGAGGGGUUCGUUGAGGAUGCACAAGACCUGAGGUUGUGGCCAAGCAGGAUUAAGUUGGCCUUUUAUACAACUAAUGGUCAAAGAGGUGAAGCAAGACCCUUCGUUAACCAAAAAAAAACACUUUUACCACAAGGCAUUGGAGUCGGAUUGAUGAUGAGCUGUACAAUCAGUUCAAAGUUAGGUACACGGUUAACCGUUUGAAACAAAAGUACCACCGCAUCAGGCAAGCUUACAAUACAUUUGUAAAAGUGAAGAACCAUAUGCGGUUCGACUGGGAUGACCAGAGGAAAACGGUUGUGGCCCUGGAUGAUGUUUGGGAUCAAUAUGUUAAGGCACAUCCCAAAGCUAAAGUGUUUAGGAAAAAGGGUCAAGAUGACAUUGACUUGUUAGAUGUCCUCUUUGCAAACUCCCAAGCCACUGAUGCACUUGCCCAUGCUUCAACUCAAGGACCCCCAACCUCUGAUGAAGAAAGGGAUAUCCAAAGUGCAUUCUUUGGUGUUGGUAUUAACUCAAAUACCGAUUCUAUCCCUGUUGUUGACGACAUUGAUAGAGAUGACUCGAAGGUAGGUGAGAGUAGUGGCAACGAUGGUGGGCAAAAGGGUGCACACCUUGAUUUUGCACUUGAUACAUGGAUUACCACGAACCUUGUAAAAAAAGAAUUUUACGUGCGCCAGAACAAAAUGGCUGAAGUGAGUUACGCCGAGAAGAAACAAUACUCCAUUGAUGCAUGUAUGGACUGCUUGGCAACAAUGGACGAAAUUACUCCUGACCAAUACGUUAAGGCGUGUGAUAGUUUCCGCGAUAAAGCAACGAGAAGAAUUUUCAUGAAGAUGGUACCCAACAUAAAGAUGCAUUGGGUUCGUAAGCUCACUUAGGAAUUAAGUUUGACAAUGGAUGCAAUUUUGUUUUGUUAGGCAUCCAAUUUGGUGUAAGUCAACGUAUGCGGCUAAAACAUUAAAAAUCUGCUCUUAAUUUUUUUGUUUAAUCCAUGUUUUUCAUCUGUGUACUAUGGCUAUGUAAAGAACUUGGAGGCUUUACCAAAUUAUGAGUUUGUCUAUCAGGACCAGAACAUUAGACGCGUAUUUCAUAUUCCAGUUUGGGACAGUUAAGAACUUCUAUUGUUACUUGUGCAUUGAAUUGUCAACCAAUGAGGUUGAGUAGAGAAGCCUGUAUUAUUCCCACCCCUAACAUGUUUGCUUGCUACAAUUACUUAUGAUUAACAAAAUUUUAUAUAAUGUUGCUUGACCAUGGAACAGACAAACUAAUGUUGGGAUUUCGUAAGCCUGAUGCUUUUAGGCAAAUUAGUGAGCUUACACAUGAUAAUGAGGCAAGCUUACCAAGCUGCUGAAUCAUUGAGUUUUUAUUAUUCAGUGUUGUGGCAUACAUUGAAUUGUGUUACUGAGGAAUUUGGCCAUUUUUUAGAUUUGGGAUCAUCGGAUAAUUUUCCAUUCUGCUUGAUAUGUAGCUUUUUUGGGUUAUAUCUCUAGACACUUCGUUACUGAGGGAAUUUGGCCAUUCUUUAGAUAUUUGACAUCAUUGGACACUUUUGCGUAUGGUAUUGUUCUACUUAAUAUGAAUUUGGGAUUUGUUUGAGUUUAUAUUGUGUCAUUGCUGUGGAGCUGUUCCACCAUUACUUUCUGGUUUGGUUAUAAAUUUUAAAUAUUAAUUUGGUUGACUUGUUGGUUGAGCUAUUGGGACUACAUUUUGGUGGUGUUUGUUUUGAAGGAUUGGCGCAUGAGAUUGGACUAUUAGUUUUGUUGGAUUGUUGUAUCCCAUUGGGAGAGGGAGGAUGGGAUAGAAAUCAUGAGAUAACUCAUCCCAUGGGAUUAACUUAUGAAAUUAUAUUUUUUGGCCUCUUGUAUUUAAUAUCUUUUUUUAGUGUUGUUAAUUUAAAAUUCUAUAUUAAAUAAAAAAAAUUAUAAAUUAAAUUUAAUUAAAAAUAAUAAAUUAAAAAAAUUAAAUUUAUAUAUUAAAUAAAAAUCAAGGGUAAAAUUUAGUUGCUGAGGCAAUGCCAUUGGGU